CCGUUCUUUUCGGUGGUGGCUCCGGGAGAGCGGUGCCCAGCGGUCCGGAUGGAGCAGCCCGCGAUGGAGAACGAGGCCGAGCCAGUGGCAGGACCGGAUCCGGAGCUGGCGGCCACGAUGGGUUUCUCAGGCUUCGGAAAGAAAGCACGGACAUUUGACUUCAAUGCAAUGUUUGAGCAAACUCGAAGAACUGCUGUAGAACGAAGUAGAAAAAUUCUUGAAGAGCGUGAGAAAGAGGCAGCUGAGAAAGAAGAAGAACUUGCAUGCCAGCAUGGAGGUGCUGAUUCAUCAACUGCAGGAUCACAUCCAAGAGAAAAAAUAUCUUCCAGAGAUUUGUCUAGUAGCGAAAGCGAAGCCAGUCUGGAUGAAGAUGAAGAACUUGUUGGUCCGCCUUUACCCCCCAAAGAGCCAGUUGAUGAUUCCGAUGAGGAGAUGAUUGGCCCACCACUUCCUCCCGGCUACAAGAGCGAAGAGGAUGACGAUGAUGAGGACGACGAUGAUGAGAGUACCCAGGAAGAAGAUGAGGAUCCUGUGAAGAAGAUUCCCGAUUCACAUGAAAUUACGCUGCACCAUGGCACAAAAACAGUCUCUGCUUUAGGAUUGGAUCCAUCAGGUGCUCGUUUGAUAACUGGAGGCUAUGACUAUGAUGUUAAAUUUUGGGAUUUUGCUGGAAUGGACGCAUCUCUUCAGGCUUUUAGAUCUCUGCAACCAUGUGAAUGUCACCAGAUAAAGUCUUUGCAGUAUAGCAGCACUGGAGAUGUCAUUCUUGUUGUUGCGGGUAAUUCUCAAGCUAAGGUCCUUGAUAGAGAUGGCUUUCCUGUGAUGGAGUGUGUGAAAGGAGACCAGUAUAUUGUAGACAUGGCAAACACUAAGGGACACACAGCAAUGCUUAAUGCAGGCUGUUGGCAUCCAAAAAUAAAAGAGGAGUUUUUAACAUGUUCCAAUGAUGGGACUGUAAGAACAUGGGAUGUCACAAAUGACAAAAAGCACAAAACUGUGUUUAAACCACGUUCAGCUCAAGGUAAAAGGGUGAUUCCAACAAGCUGCACCUACAGCAGAGAUGGUAAACUCAUUGCAGCUGGCUGCCAAGAUGGGUCCAUCCAGAUUUGGGAUAGGAAUAUGAAUGUUCACACCAAGUUUCACUGCAGGCAAGCACAUGCUCCAGGCACUGACACAUCAUGUUUGACAUUUUCCUAUAAUGGUACCGUUCUUGCCAGUCGGGGAGGUGAUGAUACCUUAAAAACCUGGGACAUCAGACAAUUUAAAGCACCUCUUAAUUCUGUCAGUGGCCUACCUAGUUUCUUCCCCAUGACCGACUGUUGUUUCAGCCCGGAUGAUAAAUUACUUGUUACUGGUAUUUCUGUUAAGAAAGGACAUGGCAAUGCAAAACUUCUCUUUUUUGAUCGGGAGACAUUUAAAAAAAUGUAUGAGAUCGAUGUCACAGAUGCGAGCGUCGUUCGGUGUCUCUGGCAUCCUAAAUUGAACCAAAUUAUGGUUGGAACAGGAAAUGGAUUAGCAAAAGUAUACUAUGAUCCCUUCAAAAGUCAAAGGGGAGCAAAGCUGUGUGUUGUGAAGACCAAAAGAAAAGAGAGACAAGCAGAGACUCUCACACAAGACUAUAUUAUAACACCUCAUGCACUUCCAAUGUUCCGUGAACCACGUCAGCGAAGUACAAGAAAGCAGUUGGAAAAGGACAGAAUGGAUCCUGUGAAAUCUCACAAGCCAGAACCUCCAGUAGCAGGACCAGGACGUGGUGGCCGUGUUGGGACUCACGGUGGUACUCUGUCUUCAUACAUAGUGAAGAAUAUUGCCUUGGAUAAAACCGAUGAUAGCAAUCCUCGAGAGGCUAUUUUGCGGCAUGCAAAGGAAGCAGAGGAAAGUCCCUACUGGGUCGCUCCAGCAUAUUCUAAAACCCAGCCAAAAACAGUUUUUGCAGAAGUAGAAUCCGAUGAAGAUGAAACAGAUGACAAGCCAGAGUGGAAAAAACGUAAAAUUUGAAGAAUUUAAAUUGGAGGAGCUUCACAGGGGAUUUGGGACAAAGAUGAAUUCUUUUUCCUUAUGCAAAAGAAGUGAAAUUACUGCAAGCAAAAUGCUUUUAUGCACAGGAAUAUUUCACCCCUUUGAAAGACUGUAAUUGCCAUAAAGCAAAAUAGAAUUGUUUAGCAUAAAGUCUGUAUUUUAUUAAAUAACUAAAGUCCUAAAUAAAAAAUAAACAUUGAUUUCAUCAAAA